ACGCUCUUGCGUUCACAGCAGUUGAAAGAUUUCUUGCUGCUUUCUUUUGCUGUCGCAGCAGCAGCAGCAGCGGCAACAACAAUUCCAACGGGUUGUGUUUGUUCUUGGGGGAAGUGUGAGCGGGCAGGCGAAAAUAACGUAACGAAUCGCUGGAGCUGGAAGUCGUGUUGCUUGUCGGCUCGGCUGUUGCUGCUGCUGUCGCUGUUGUCAUUUGUGUGCGACGACGACGGCAGCAACUACGUUAAUAGCAACUCCACAGUCAGACGGGCACCGGCUACCGCUACAACACGCAUUGCAAGCGUCGCGUACUGUUCAAGAUAACAAACAAUACAUUAAGUUAAGUUAAGUUAAAUUGUAUUGCACGCAGUGAUCGUCAUUGCUCGGCACUGGUUCGGUUCGGCUUUAUUUUAUCUAUAAACGAAAUGUACUGAAACUGAAUCGAGCGAUUUUAGCUGCAAUAUCAUUGAAACGUGCACUCUCACAACAUAAACACAUCGGGCACCCCAAAAGUAGAUCUCGAGUUAAAGGAGGUAACGCACAAUGGCCGCAUCACAUGAACCCACCAUGCACUAUCUGGACAGCAUUUUGAACGAGGAGGAGAAGCGCUGUGAUCAGUACUCGCACCAGUGGCGCAAUUUCACAAUUUCACGUUCGGGCCGUUUUAGAUCGAAGAAUAAAAAGCGCGAUGUGGUCGAUGGAAAACUUUUUGAUGUCACCGGCAAUCAUUAUGGCAAAGAAAACGAUAAUAAGAUCACAUCGCGCGUCGCUGCCAGCGCCAUAAGCAAAACCUCCUCUUCCAGCUCAUAUAUUAACUCCACAGCGAGCAAUAAUACAACGAACACAGGCACAGGAACGCCGUCAUCGUCAUCAAUGCGAGGUCAACGUGACAAAGCGGAGAAUUAUAAAAGUUUUUACGAAACAAACUUAUAGAUAGUGGCUGCGGUCGUAUACCAAAUUUAUAUACAUUAGUAUAUAUGCAUAUAUAUAUAUACACCAUAUAUAUAACAUUUGUAUUACGCUUUAUUAAUUUAACCUAAGAGUUUAUUGCACAAUUUGCGGGCUAUAUAAUAUAUAUAUUUAUAUGUGCGAGACAAAGGAAGUCCAGAGGAGGGGAAAAUUAGCAAGACUAAACCGUUAACAAAUAUUUUCAUGGCGCAGCAAGUAAAAAUUGUGAAAACUAACUAUCGCAUACGCUAGUUCUCUAUAUAAAUAGAUGGCUUUGUUUUCUGGGUAGAUCGAUUGUACUUAAGU